CGUGGUCAGAAAUCUUUGCCGUGCUUUGUGAGUGUGUUUGGGGGGGAGUGACUGAAGGAGCACUUGCCUGGUCUUUGCAUCGUGUUUGUGAAAGUGCAACGGCGCGUGUGCUGUUGUGUGUGCGUGUCGUGUGUCUGCGAGGUGUGUUUGCGGUCCGAGCGAGUUCAAGUAUGAAGAGAGGCAAGAAUGCAGAGGAUGCAGCUGCAGAUGGGGAGAAUGACUCAGGCUCUGCCUCUGCAAAGAAAGCAAAGAAGCCUAAGGAACCAGAGGCCCCAGUAUUGUACGAUGAUCCCCCCGACAAAAUGACCAGCAAAGACGGACGUGACGCCAAUAUGAAGAUCACCUCCUGGAACGUCGAUGGCCUGAGGGCCUGGGUGAAAAAGAAGGGCCUGGAUUGGGUGCGUGAGGAGGCUCCAGAUAUUUUGUGCCUGCAGGAAACAAAGUGUGCAGAGAAAUCCCUUCCUGCUGAAAUCACCUCGAUGCCCGAGUACCCUCACAAGUACUGGGCCGGGUCAGAUGAAAAGGAGGGUUACAGUGGUGUGGCCAUGCUCUGCAAGACUGAGCCCCUCAAAGUCACCUAUGGCAUUGGUAAAGAAGAGCAUGACAAGGAGGGCCGAGUCAUCACUGCAGAGUUCCCCAACUUCUUCCUGGUGACCACCUAUGUGCCAAACGCCGGCAGGGGCCUUGUGCGCCUAGAUUACCGCAAAACCUGGGACGUGGACUUCCGGGCAUACCUGAGCGAGCUGGACAUGCAGAAGCCCCUGGUGCUGUGUGGUGACCUGAACGUGGCACACCAGGAGAUCGACCUGAAGAACCCCAAAGGGAACAAGAAAAGCGCAGGCUUCACCCCCGCGGAGCGCGAGGGCUUCAGCCAGCUGCUGGAGUCCGGUUUCACCGACAGCUUCCGCGAGCUGUACCCCGAGCAGACCAACGCCUACACCUUCUGGACCUACAUGAUGAACUCCCGCGCAAAGAACGUGGGCUGGAGGCUCGAUUACUUUCUGCUGUCGUCCAGCCUGGUGCCAGGUCUGUGCGACAGCAAGAUUCGCAACAAGGCCUUGGGAAGCGACCAUUGCCCCAUCACUCUGCACAUAGCUGUGUAGGUCAAUGUCUGAGCAGCCUAAACUGUUUCUGUAGUACUUCCGUUCCGACUUGGCAAAUAUGUAUGCCAGUGUGUGUGUGUAUAUGUGUGUAUGUGUGUAUGUGUGUUAAGAGUGAGGCAUUCCCUAUUUGGGCUGAAACAAGUGCUGCCCAAACUCUAUCUCUCAGUAGUCUCUGCUGUAACUUAGUUGUCUAGUACUUUUAACUUUUUCACAUGAAAUGUUGAUAAUACGACUCCACAGCAAAAGUCAUAAUGCCCAUAAAUCCUCUCCACACAAUUGAAGUUUGUCAGUAAUCCCGGUGAUGUUCACCUGUCCUCAACUGUUCCGUAAAGAUGCAACACUAAAUACUCAAAGAUGUCUAAGCUGAUUUUCAACAAUGACCCGUGACCGGCUGUGGAACUGCGCUACAGUGUGGCUCCUGUCUGUACUACUGCUGACCUGAGACGAGCCUCCAUGCCACAGAGCCUGCAGUAUGUUUUUGUUACUGUCCAAAACUUAACAGCUGCUGUUAAGAAAAUGCAACUUGUUCUAGCACAAAAAAAGUUUUAAGCCUCUUUUCCAAAGCAGUGUUGAAUUUUCUGUUGUAAAACAAACCCACAAUAAAGACUGAAUUUAUGUAAAA